AUGUCCAACAGCAGCUCCAUCACCCAGUUCCUCCUCCUGGCAUUCGCAGACACGCGGGAGCUGCAGCUCUUGCACUUCUGCCUCUUCCUGGGCAUCUACCUGGCUGCCCUCCUGGGCAAUGGCCUCAUCAUCACCGCCAUAGCCUGCGACCACCACCUCCACAGCCCCAUGUACUUCUUCCUCCUCAACCUUUCCUUCAUCGACCUGGGCUUCGUCUCCACCACUCUCCCCAAAGCCAUGGCCAAUUCCCUCUGGGACACCAGGGCCAUCUCCUAUGCAGGAUGUGCUGCCCAAGUCUUUUUUGUUUUAUUUUUGAUGUCAGCAGAAUUUUUUCUUCUCACUGUCAUGGCCUUCGACCGCUACAUUGCCAUCUGCAAACCCCUGCACUAUGGGAGCCCCCUGGGCAGCAGAGCUUCUCUGGAUCCAGUGAUGGCAAUGCUGUACUCGGUGGUGACCCCAGCCUUGAACCCCCUCAUCUACAGCAUGAGGAACCGGGACCUCAAGGAUGCCAUGAAGAAAGUGAUUUUAGGGAUGUUUCCCAUAUGUCUGCUGGGCACUGUCUGCGGGGCAAUGAGCUGA